CUGGUUACUUGAAACUGUCAAAAGAAACAAUCAGCUAGUGAAGACGAGAGGCUGAACAGCAGCUGCUGGCACAAUAACACCGAUAAAGUGAUGCCUUUUAACGCCGGAACUAAAGUACAGUGAGGGGGUGACGGAGCAGUGUGGAGUUAUGGAGGACUUCAGGAGGACGUAUCAGAGGCUGUGUAAGGAGGGUGGUAUAGACACACAGGAGUCAGUGCUAGCUCAGCUGGACACAAGAACAGUGACUGGCAGCCGUAGACUGGACCUGAGCGGGCAGAGCAUCACUGUGGACACCUGCAGUGCGCUGGGCAGAGUUCUGCAGAAUGACACGGUUUUCACAGAGAUCAUUCUCAGCGACUGCAUGCUCAGUGAGGAAGGUGCCAAGCUGCUACUUCAUGGGCUUUGCUCCAACACCACAGUGAAAAUGUUGGAUCUGAAGGGAAACAAUAUGAGAGGAACAGGAGCAGAGGCUUUGGGACAGCUGUUAGUGAGGAACAAAAUACUGCGUAGGCUUGUGCUGGAGUGGAAUGCUCUGGGAAUGUGGGAGGAAGGAUUUGCCAUAUUUUGUGAAGGUUUGGCCUCCAACACUUCUCUUACUCAGCUCGACCUGCGUAAUAACCAAAUUAACCACCAGGGAGCAGCAGAACUCUGUAUAGCGCUCAAAAGGAACACCACUUUGCAAGAGUUGGAUCUCAGGUGGAACAACAUUGGUUUGCUGGGUGGUCGAUCUCUGCUGGAGGCAAUGCAGCAGAACCGAACACUGCUCAAACUUGAGAUGGCUGGAAACAACAUUCCCAGUGAUACACUCAGAGCAAUUGAACAGUCCAUGAAUCACAACACGGACAGGCAGUCCACACUUCGAGAGAGUCGGAGCAAGACCCAUGUUCUCACUAAAGAGAUCCAGCUGCUGAAGGACGAGAAGGGCAGACAGUUUCUUAGCCUGAUGGAGACCAUUGACAGACAGAAAGAUGAGAUGGGAAGAAGCAGCAGAAAUUCAUCCACACGUCUGGGGCAGUUACAGGAAGCACUGAAUGAGCAGAAAUCAGCGGUGAAUUCUCUCACAGCCAAAUUGCAGAUGACAGAGGCAGCUCUGGCUCUGUCGCAGCAGAAAUCCCAUGGCCUGGGUGAAUUGCUAACCAGAGUCAAAAUGGAGAAAACAGAACUCCGAGAAAAGCAGUCCAGAGACAUAAAAAAGGAACAGGAGGAGAGUGCCCUAAGGGAGGCCAAGCUUUUAAAGGAAGUGAACGCUCUGUCAGAGAAGAACCUCCAGCUUCUAAACAAGUUGGAUGAGACGGAACGCAGAUGUAAGAUGCAACAGGAGCAAAUCUUUGAGCUGAAGCAAGAACUCACCAACACCACUGCUGAACUAAAGCUGCGCCUUGUUCAGAAUGAAGAACGGUUGGACACGGAGAAGAGAAGAUCUAAGCAGACACUUGAAGAUAUGGACAGUUUACGACAGAAGGAGGUGGAUCAUCUAACAAGACACCAAGAAGACAGCGAGAGAGCUCUACAAGAUCGCAUUCUUAAACUUGAAGGACAGAGGAUCCAGUUAGAGGAGGAGCUCAGCAGAGUCAAAGCAUCUCUGGUGACCGAGAGAGCGCAAGCUGAGGAGGAGCUUGGAAAAGUCCGUGCCCAAGUGCGCCUGGAGGAGCAACAGCAUUUGAGCAGCCUGGAAGAGAAACUGCGAGCGGUUCGUCAGUCUCGGGAUGAGUCUCAGAACCACUGCACCCAGCAGAAACAAACCGUAGCAGAGCUGCUCGCCAGAGUCGGCCAGCAAAGCAUUGAGAUGGACACACUCCGCCGCAGGAUAGAGGAGUUACAGCAGGAGCUUGCAGGGAAAGAGCAAGAAAAAGUGGCAGAAGUGGCACGAGUUCGGGUUGAACUGCAGGAGCAAAUUGGUCACCUUCAGGCCGAGAGGACAGCGCAGGGUGGCCUGAAAGAGAAGAUCGCUGCUCUGGAAAGAGAGAUGAAGGUUCUCAGCUCUACCCACAGAGAGGCCCUUCUGGACAAAGAAAGUGAGAUCUCCUCUCUGCUUGAGCGGCUGCGUAUUAGAGAAGGAGAGAUUCAGCGCAUGCGUGAGGACGAAGCCCAGAGAGCCAGCUUCCUCCAGAAUGCCAUUCACACCUACGUCCAGGGAUCCCCUCUCGCACACUUCAGCCCUAAAAAGUGAACCUGCUUGCCAAGACAUCAGCGUUUUACCAAAGUUUGGUACGGAAUGUUCUACAUCCAACAUCAGUUUUACAGGACACUUUUAGACUACGCAUAGUAGAUUUACCGCAAGAUAUUUUUACAUGAAAUAAAGAUGGAAAUUAUAGUGGACAUUUUAUGUGAAUGAGAAAAAAUGUAUUGAACAACAAGGCCUGUAUUUCUGUCUCUUUAAAUGUAUGUAUUUUGGUUUGGUUUGCAUUAUUGAGUAAUCAGGUAACAGCAUUUUUUUUACAAUUUGUAGUUUUUAUAUUUAUUUUGAUUCAGUGAAAUAUCAGAGCUAGUUCACAAAUCUUAUUUGUGAAAUAUUUCAAAUGUGCCAUAUUGUCCAACGAUGCGCUUAUGUGUGGCACUUAUAAAUUGUAUAUUUUAAGAUACUUUUUUUUACCAUUGGAGUUUUGCUACUUGCCUGGGUGUUGUUUAAUAAAUGUGUGG